AGCGAUAAAAUCUGAUUUCCUAGAAGAGCCCUUUGGAAGUUCUAUCCCAAAUUUGCCCUUAACCAAGACAGUGUUAAAGACACCCUAACUUUAAAUGAAUUACAGAAACUGCUAGGUUCCUUAAAUUGGUUGUGUCCUGGUUUGGGUUUGUCUACAGAGCUCCUACACCCUUUAUUUGACUUACUCAGAAGAAAUCCCCACCUGUACACACUUUGACAAUUGACCCCAGAAGCUAAAACUGCCCUUGCACACUGUGCUCAAGCAAUAGAAAACUGACAGAUUUGGAGAUGGGAUCCUGACAAAUCUGUGUACCUUGCUAUAACUGCUAGCAAAUUUCAACCUUCAGCUGUUUUGUUUCAAUGUUUUGUUAAUGAUAAAGACCCUCUGCAUGUGUUAGACUGGUUAUGCUUACCUUACACAGCAACAAAGACUGUGUGCACUGUUAAUGAUAUGUUCGCAUAUUUAGUUAAGAAAGGUAGAGAGCGACUACAAACUCUCAACGGCCAGGAUCCAUAUACCAUCUACAUACCUGCAAGUAAAGAUAAUUUGGCAUGGCUACCACCAGAGGAUGCCUAUUUUCAAAUCAUGCUUGCAAAAUUAUCUAUCCAUUGUCCCUCACAUCAUUUAUGGACAGAUAUGGGUAACCUCCCCCUGUAUGGAAAGCAUCACUACAGCACUGACCCCUGUCAACGGACAGUUUUCACAGAUGCAUCCAGCAAAACCAACAAAGCUGCAGUGAUUUGGCAUGGAGGUGACUCUGCCCAAUGGCAUAAAAGGGUAUUAAUGUUAAAGGAUGCCUCUGCCUCUGUGCAGAUUUUAGAUUUGGCUGCUAUCUGAUAUACCAUUCAGUUAUUUUCACAGGAACAACAUAAAAUCAUAACUGAUUCCUCAUAUCCUGCCAAUGUUGUGUUCCAUUUAGAAUCUUCCAAUUCAAAACAUGCUAAUACAUCUUUUUAUUACAGAGUUAAAAACAUAGUAAACUUUGAUUAACAGCCCGCAGCAUGAUUUUUAUGUGUUGCAUCUUCGUCCCCACUCAGGUUUACCUGGGCCUAUUCCAGAGGGUAAAAACUACACAACUCCAUGAUCCUUGUGGGCCCCUUCUAACUCUGGAUAUUUUAUGGCUCUAUUUUAUGAUGCCUAUAUUACAUGAUGAUUCCACUUGAUAAUGAUUCCACGGUGUUGUCCUUAUUCCCUGGCUCUGGCACAUCUUCAAAAGCCCUCUGGAAGGCAACACCUACAGAGGGGUGAAUUCCUUUGCACAGCUCCCAGCCAGGAAGUAAAUCAGAAGGAGGGCACUGCUGUUGGCUGAGGAGCCAGAGCACAGCCCCAUUCCCACCAUCCCACACAGGCACAGCAGCAGCAGCAGCAGCGUGACAGGCACUUUGCUCCACUGCCUGCUGGCACACUGGCUCCAGUUGUCGUGGCUCUCCUCAUUCCAGCUCCCCUUGGAUGCCGUCCCACAAGGCUGGCUCCAGCAGGCAGGGCUGGCUCCCUCCGUGGCAGGGGACAAAGUGCUCAUGGUGACACCUCUGCUGCUUCUCCUCCCCUCACAGAGCUGCAGGGGUGACAAACAGAGACACCAGAGCAACGCUGCUGUCCCCCAAACGUGGCUUUCCCAUCUUUUCCUACCCACAGCUUCCGUGUGGAGCAGCACUGGGAGGGGUGAGGGACAGGGCAGAUGGUAAGGAGGAUGUGGGAGCCUGGUCUGGCAUGCCUGGCAUGAAAGCCAGGGAGAUACCUCCUUCCUGGCUGUAGAAAUGACAGAGCUGGAGCAGGAAAACAAUUGGAGAAGGAGAGGAUUGCCCAUGGAGAUAUCAGAGAACAUAUGGCUUUGGGAUGGAUCUGAGCUGGACUCUCAGGUGUCAGUUGAUAUCACUGAGCUGCUCGAUUCCUUCAGCAGGACACCCGUUUCAAUAUUCCCUCUCUUUUCCCACAAUAUUUCCAGCUUUGAAUUCCAUACAGACCUCAAUUCUGCCCCCAAAAUCCAUAACCAGGUUCCACACAAUGAGGGAGCCCUGAUUCUGGUGGAAGAGAAGAGUCUGACCUUGUUUCCUCUCGCAGCCUGGAGAACUUCCCUGCACUGCACUCACCUCACCUCCCACCCUCCAGCUGCUGUCCCUGGGCCAGGAUCUUCAGGAGGUUCCCUGGAAUGGUCCCUUGGGAAAGGGGAGCGCAGCCUGUGGGGUGAGCCCGAGCAGCGUCCGGCGCGGGCUCUGUCCCAGCUCCUGCCACAGCCCCUGUUCUCCUGCUGCCUCGUGUUCUCCAGGGCUCUCACACACAGGCAGCUGCUUCAGAGCCUGGCACGGGAUCAGGGCUCUGCUCCUCCUCUGCUCUUCACUCUGCCCAGCAAAUGAGCAACAGGAGAGAGCCUCAGCAACCAGACCUACGGCCAAAGCACUUUGUCUCCAUCUCAGCUUCUCUUCCAUUUAAAAACAACUCCAAUCCCAAAAUCUUGUCUUUUGAACUGCCUGAACUUGAACCCUCUCACUUCUGGGCUGGAUCCUUAUGACCCUGAACUACAAAUGUGUUGUGAAAGUUUGACUUCUGAUUAAAAUCUAGUUUAGCCACUUGUAUACCACAAUUUCAGUCGUACUGGACAUUCACCACGCAGUUUCCAAGAGAAUUCACGCAAUAAUAAAUUCUCUGUGUGAGCUGGAGCACAGGCACACAGCAACAGGGAUGAUUUGGUAUUUCAACAAUGUCUUUUCUUCUGAGAAGAAGCAAAUCAUUGCUGCUCUCUUGGCUUUAAUCCUUAGAAAGUUGCAGGUUUCAUCUGAGUCCUCCUCUACACUCUCUCAGGAGUCAGACAGCAGCCUUCAGUGAAUUCCAAGGGAUUCCUAGAAAGCUGGUGUGGGAUGAUUCCUACCCAGGCUGACAUGUGCCUCAGGGAUCUGGGAUGCUCAUCCUGCUGGAAACUGGUAUGUGUGAUGGUCCUGGGGCCAGAACUGUCACCUCUCUUCCUGCUGACACUGUGUUUGUGUCAACAACUAUAGCUUCUCACAUCCCCUCACCAGCCCAAUCCUUUCAAGGGCAAACACUUCAUGAUCCAGGAGUUGACAGGGCUCUACAACAGUUGGAGUGACAUUUUGGACAAUGUCAUGGUGUGACAGGACAAGGGGGAAUGGCUUCCCACUGACAGGAUGACUUCAGAUUGGAUAUUGGGAAGAAAUCCUUCCCUCUGAGGGUGGUGAGGCCCUGGCACAGGCUGCCCCAUGAGGCUGUGAUUGUUCCUAGAUCCCUGAAAGUGUCCAAGACCAGGCUGGAUGGAAUUUGGAGCUACCUGGGGUAGUGGAAGGUGUCUCUGCUUGCAAAGGGACAGUCUGGGAGCAGGUGUCAUAAACAACCACAAGUGUUCCCAGGACAGAAGAGGAGCAGGAGGAGCUCUAGUGAAGGGCUGGCAAAGAGUUCACAGCACCCUGGUCCCCAAUAGCUUUCAUUGCAUCAUCAGAGGGAUUGGCAAUAAUUAGGGUGGGCUCCAAGUGCUGAUAACCUGGCUGCAAGCAACUGAGUGCUGUCCUUCCCUUGGGCUCUGUGAGCCUGGGGUGGAAUUUAUGGGAAUUCUUGCCUCAGUUUUGCUUCCUUGGGGCCAGGGGAUGUUUUGGCAAUGAUUCUGGAGCUCUUCCCAGAAUGGGAGCUGUUUCUGACAAGCAGCCAGAUGCUUCAAAAGCACUGCCAGCACUGCCAGCACUGCCAGCAUUCCAGUGCCACCAGCACCACCAGCAUCCCUCUGCUGCUGGACGGACAAUGACCCCUCCCUCAGGGAAGAGAAACGAGGAAUGGUAGAGAGACAGAAGGCUGUUGGAGUAUGGGACAUUCUGCAGGGAAGGAGUGUUUCUAAUCAAAAGAAAAUGAGGAGCCAUUUGCAAAAUUCUUUAUGUGGACAUUUGACAAAAGCCAAUUCCUUUGUGGUAAAGAAAAAAAAUAUUCAAGAUAAAUAACUCAGAGGGAGUGGAACUCUGACCUACCCAAAGUUGUAAAACCACUUCUGACUGCCCUAUGACCCCACCAAGCCUUGGGGAGCAACACCAGGAGAGGGCACACACAGAGCCAGCAGGAUGGGAAUGGGGAGCUCCUGGUGAUCUGGGCACUUUCUCCUUCAUGUCACUGACCAGCCAGGAGCCGCUUUAGGACAUGGAUCCCAAAGGAGCAAGAGGUACCAGGGAGCGCCGCUGAUCUGCACAGACCCCUUUGCCUGCUGCUGCCCCCCAGGGAACAGGGAGCUGCUGAGGAGCCACAUGGUCCAUCCCUGGAUUCUCCAAGCACUGACUCCCCAUCCACUCUGACCACAGCCAGGGGACACAUCCCACUGCCUGCCCAGCAUCCAUCCAUGGAGGUGACCACCAUGUCCCCACCUCCCACCUCACCCACUGAAGGAGAUGAUAUGUGUGACACAGAUGUCACCAUCAUGGCCAUACACAGUGUGACACUGCUCAUCUGCCUCUCUGGGCUGGCUGGGAAUGGGGCUGUCAUCAGCCUCCUCAGCCUGAAAAGGAGGAACGCUGCCAUCUUUGCCCUGGCUGUCAUUGACUUCCUGUUCCUCCUCUUUGCAGGGCUCUCCACCCUCCUUAUCCUGGUGGAGGACAUAUCCUGCUCUCCUAUCGUGCCCCUGCUGUACCUGAAUUUCCUUUUCCAGCUGUCAGUGGUGUCCUUCUACUGGGUGUUGUUCCAGCUGAUGCACAGCAGCCCUGUGCAGUAUAUGUACAAGCUCUGGAAGCUCUGCUGCCGCUGGGACCUUCCGAAGCGCCUGUUGUGGGUGGUGGGCACUGUCCAAUACUGGGCCUUCUUGGCUAUCUUCACUGUCAUUCCCACAGUGACAUUCCUGUGCCCAGAACAGGAGCAGGAGCACUGCCGGGCUGCUUUCAUCCCCAUGUUCGCUCUCAUCCUGCUCCUCUUUGCUGCACCCAUGUUCAUUUCUCACACAGUUGAUUUCAUUAAUGCCAAGCAGGGCUCCCAGCAGCAGCAACCCAAGAGGCGCGACAUCGUUAUCGUCCUCAUUGUGCUCUUCACUUUCAUCCUCAACAUCUGGAAUUUCCUGCAGCAGCUUGGUUACAUCACUGUGUCCUCAGAGGUUGUUUUCCUGCUCACCUGCACCCACAGCACCAUCAAACCCUUCAUCUACUUCUUGGCAGGGCAGUGCUGGAGGCCCUGCGCCAUGGGGUCCCUCCGGCUCUCCCUCCAGAGGGUCUUUGAGGAGCCAAAAAAAAAAAAAGCCCAUGGAAAUGAUCCUGCCAUGGACACAGGGGUGUGAGACUGCUAAUCCCUUCCACUGCUCUGCUGAAGGACCCCAGGAAACUGGCUGAGGGUUUCCUUUGUCACUUGAUUAAUCAAUAUCCAAAGGAUCACACUCCACAUGUGUAGUAUUGUCCAUAAGGGUCCCAGGAUGAGGGAAGAGACGAGAAAGUUGACUCCAUGUAACAGAAAGCUUGAUUUAUUAUUUUAUGAUAGAUAAUAUAUUAAAACUAUACUAAAAGAAUAGAAGAGGGGAUUUCAUCAGAAGGCUAAGCUAAGAAGAGAAAAGGAAUGAAUAACAAAGGCUUGUCUCUGACCGAGACAGUCUGGACAGGUGAUCUGUGAUUGGCCCUUUAUUGGAAACAACCAGAUGAGACCAAUCACAGAUUCCCCUUGUUGCAUUCCACAGCAGCAGAUAAGAAUUGUUUACAGUUUGUUCUUGAGGCCUCUCAGCUUCUCAAGAGGGAAAAAUCCUAAAGAAAGGAUUUUUCAUAAAACAUGUCGGUGACACACAUGGAGGUGUAUUCCUGCAGGAGAAGGGAUCAGGGGCAUUGCCUAGGGUGAUUUUUGUGGGAUGCUCUGGAGAAUGGGAGCACAUUGGAGCAUGGCUUUCCUCGCCGCUCCUGGAUCCACAUGACUCCAAGCAGUGCAGCUGGGCUCAGUGCUGUUCCCCAGCUCUAUUCCCCAUGGAAUGACCCUCAUGGCCUCAGCCCCAGGGAAUCAACUCCAUCUCCUUGGGCUCAGCAGAUGAGUUUCAUGGUGUUAUCAGGAAGCUCUUGCCUGCAAAGAAUGGGACACUUUAAUCCCUGGGGACACACCCAGCACUGGGUGGCAGUGAUUUCCCAAAUCCCUGUGGGGCUGGUGCCUCUGGAUGGCAGGAGAGGGGUUGGGAUCACACGGAGCAUCCUUCCCUUUCUGUCGAGCAGAGCCAGCCCUGCAUUCCCAGCUGAUGGGAAGGGACACCAGGUAGGGCUGCAGAGGUGGGGAGGGACAGCAACAUUCCCUUAUCCUCUCAGUGGGAAUUUUUCACAUUCUUGAAUUUCAGAAUUAAAUCCUCUGAGUAAAGUGCAGGGUCGAUAGCGAACUCCACUAAACUCUUGUGCCUGUACCAGAAAGUACAUGGAAUAUGGAAAUUCCCAUCACCAGAUGCUUGGAACAUUUAGUUGCACAGAGACUAGGGGGUUGUGCUGCUCUUCUGCAGAAUGGGCCCCUCCAUCCUCUGGUUCCCCAGCAUCAGUGCCCAAGGAAGCCCUUGACCACCUCCAUCCUGAACCUGGCCACCCUCAGGAGGAGCUGCACAGCCACUCUGCACAGCAGCUUCAGCCACAGCCCAGCCUGUCCUGAUCUUUGUCAUUCUGUAACCACCCCUCAACCAGAUUUGGAUUCAUGGUUUUGGUUUCUUUCCACUGUGGUGGUUCCAGCCUCUGAAUUUGUUGAAUAAACAACAUCCAGGCUUCACUGCAGAGCCUGUCUCUGUUAAA